AUGGCUAAAAUUGGUAAUAUAGAAGAAUUCAAAUUACAGCAAGAAGAAGAUUUCGAAACCUGGGUAGAACGACUAGAACUCUAUAUGCUGGUGAAUAAAAUAAAAGAAAAUAAAGCAGCUAUAUUUUUAACCUUAAUUGGAAGUGAAGGUUAUAAAGUACUUAAAUCUCUUUGUACUCCAGAACUACCUAAAGAUGUCGAGUAUGAAAAGCUAGUAAGUAAUAUGAAAGAUUACUUACAACCGAAAGUUUCGAUUCUUGCUGAACGUUCCAAAUUCCGUAAUUGUCUACAAGAAAACAAUGAAACGAUCACUGAAUUUAUGACAAAACUACAAAAAUUAUCCAUAUUGUGUGGUUUUGGAAAUAACUUGGAGGAAGCAUUACGUGAUCAAAUAGUUCAUGGUGUAAGCGACCGUAUGCUUAAAAAGAAACUAUGUGAAGAACCGAAUUUGACUUAUGGAAGAACUAAAGAAAUAUGUCAAGCACACGAGGGCGCAGAGAAAAGUCUGGAGAAUUUUCAACAGGCUACCAAAGGAGAUCUCAACUUCAUAAAAAAGAAGGCAUCAAACAAAUGGAAGGAGCCAAAUUGGAAAAAUGGGAAGAAUGGUGACAAUGCUGACGGCACAUGUACAUGUUGUGGUAAUAUGAAUCAUGUUUUUGGUAAUUGUUAUUUUAAAAAUCGAAAUUGUGAAAUAUGUAAUAAGAAGGGACAUUUAAAAAAGGUUUGUUAUUUUAAUAAAAAUAAAACUGACAAGGUUCAAUCUAAGUUUUCAGAUGAAAAAAAUAAAAAUCAUAAUAAAAGUAACUUUGGUACAAGGAAUAAAAAAGUUUUUAAAAACAAAAUAAAUAAAUCAAAUCAUUUUUUGGAAUCAGAUAAUUUAGACAUAGACACAUUAUUUCAAAUAGAAGUAGUGAAUAAAAAAAAUAAUAACAUAACAAUUAAAGUUCAAAUUGAAAAUGAAAUAAUUGAUAUGCAAUUAGAUACAGGUUCAGCCAUUUCAGCAAUAUCUUUAUCAGAUUAUGAAAAUAAUUUUAAUUAUUUAACUAUUGUUAAAACAAAUUUGAAUUUAAGAAGUUACUCGGGUGAUAGUAUUACACCAAUUGGUUUAAUUAAUGUUAAAGUUAAAUUUAAUGAAAAAGAUUAUGACUUAAAAUUAUAUAUUGUUGAAAAUGGUGGCCCACCUUUGUUAGGUAAUGAUUGGUUGAAGUAUUUAGGUAUUAAGGUUAAUAUUGAUUUUGAAAUGAAUAAUAUUACAAGUCAGAAUCACUCAAAUCAAAUUAAAGAAUUAAUAACUAAAUUUCCUGAAGUUUUUACUGAUAAACUAGGUACUUACAAUAAAAAUAAAUGUAAAUUGUAUUUGAAAGAAAAUUUUAAACCAAUUUUCUUUAAACCAAGAUCCUUGCCUUAUAAAAUUAAAGACCAAGUAGGAGCUGAACUUGAUAGGUUAGUUAAAGAGGGUAUAUUUACACCAGUAGAAACAUGUGAUUUUGGAACUCCUAUAGUACCAGUAAUUAAAGCCAAUGGAUCUAUUCGUAUUUGUGGAGAUUAUAAAGUUACUAUCAAUCCUUACUUAAAAGUAGAUAGGUAUCCACUUCCACGGAUAGAAGAUUUAUUUUCUAACAUCAGUGGUAGUGUAAUAUGGUCAAAAAUUGAUUUAUCUCAAGCAUAUACACAGUUAUUAGUUGAAGAAAAUUCUAAAGAAAUUCUGACUUUAUCAACUCAUCAAGGGUUAUAUGUACCAAAUAGAUUAAUGUAUGGAAUUGCUUCAGCGCCAGGGAUUUUUCAGAGAGAGAUGGAAAAUUUAUUUAGGAAAAUAGACAAUGUGGUUUGUUUUUUAGAUGAUAUUUUAAUUCAUAGUGAUAGUGUAGCUUCACAUAUAAAUAAACUAAAUGAAGUUUUUAACAAGUUGAAAGAAUGUGGUUUAACAGUUAGAGAAGAAAAAUGUGCAUUUUUUCAAGAUGAAAUACAGUAUUUAGGGUACAAAAUAAAUAAACAUGGAUUAAAUACAAGUGAAACAAAAAUUAAAGCAAUUGUAGAUGCACCAAUUCCCACUAAUAUAACACAAGUUAAGUCUUUUUUAGGGAUGAAAUGUGACAAUGCUUUUAAUGAAAUAAAAAAAAUUCUAACUUCAGCUCCAAUAUUAACACAUUUCAAUCAAAAUUACAAAAUUAAAUUGUCAUGCGAUGCUAGUUCCUAUGGUAUUGGGGGUGUAAUUUCACAUAUCUUACCAAACAAUGAAGAAAGGCCGAUCGCAUAUACUUCUAGAACAUUGAAUCUGGCCGAACAAAAAUAUUCUCAGAUAGAUAAGGAGGCAUUAGCUAUAGUGGCAGCUAAUAGGAUACAGAGAUAUGCCUUGUUCUUAGCGAAUUAUGAUUAUAGUAUUCAGUAUGUUAAAUCUGAAAAUAACCAAAGUGCUGAUGCAUUAAGAUGGCCAAAUGCUAAGGUUAAAAUCAUUCAAGAACCAAUUAGAUCAUACUACUUACAAAAACAUGAAUUAACUGUUGAACAAAAUUGUAUUUUACUAGGUCACAGAUUAGUUGUACCAAAAUGUUUACAGGAGAUUUUCUUAAAUGAAUUGCACAGUACUCAUUUUGGUGUUGUUAAGUUAAAAAUGAUGGUUAGAAAUUAUUUUUGGUGGCCACAACUAAACAAACAUAUUGAUCAGUUAGUAGCUUCAUGUAGUACCUGUAUUAAAUUCAGAAAAGAACCUACUAAGUCUUCAUUACAUGUAUGGGAAUAUCCUAAUGAACCGGGGGAAAGGAUACAUGCUGAUUUCUUAGAACUUAAUAAAAAAAUGUUUAUUGUGAUAAUAGAUGAGUUUUCUAAAUGGCCAGAAGUUAUACCAAUGACUUCAACUACUGCAUUAAAUACUAUAAAUGUUAUGAGGGAAUUUUUCUCUAGGUAUGGUAUUUGUCAAACUUUUGUGACUGAUAAUGGACCACAGUGGACUUCUAAAGAAUUUCAAAUAUUUAUUAAAAAUAAUUGUAUCAAACACAUUUUAACACCACCUUAUCAUCCACAAAGCAAUGGGGCAGCGGAGAAUAUGGUAGAUUAUAGAAACACUAUUCAUUGUACCACAGGUAAAAGCCCAGCUGAAUUGCACAUGAAUAGAAAAUUAAAUAGUAAAUUUGAUUUAAUUAUUAAACAGUUCAAUAAGGAACCAUACAUAAAUAAUAAUUUGGAUGUAAAAACUAAGGUUGAACUAACAAGGAAUUAUAGCAAAGGACAGAAAUGGAUUACAGGAAAAAUUAAAGAGAAAGUAGGAAAAGUAAUUUUUAUUGUGGACUCUGAAUGUGGGCAAAUUAAGAGACACAUUGAUCAACUUUUACUACACAAAUUAAAAGAGAGAGAUGUGAGUGAGGAAAAAGUUGAUAUAAAUGAUAGUAUGGAAGUAAGGCGAUCUAAAAGACAUAUUAAUAAACCAAAAAAGUUUUUGUAA